CAACCACAUCUUACUCACGCGUCUCUCACGUGCGUCGACAUGCCGCCUUCCCCUUCCGCCCACCAAUCACACGGCCAGAAGCGGCUUACAUUCCAUCCCCACGUCCCUCAACUAACGCCUCCUCCCAACCGUCCGAUUCGCCCAUUCCCUUUAUAUUUCCUCGGUCUUUCUCAUAUCUGCCUCUCUCUGUCUCUCGCCUCUCGAACCGAAACAAUGGAAGGAGGCCGCGCCCUUCUCUUACACUGUGCCGCCUCCGCCUUCUUCAUCCUCUCCGCCACCGUACUCUACCUCAACUGCGCCGCUGGCGCAGUCAACCACCCAUUCCUUCUCACCUCGGCUUGCUUUGCCGUCGCCUCCGCGCUGCUCGCCUGGUUGCGCCUCCUCCGAAUCCGAUCUUCCCGCAAGGGUCUCCCCGUCCGAUGGUCUAUCGGUGCUUCAGAAGAUACCUCGAGAAAAUUCUCCCGUAAGUGCGGGAAGGUCGCCCGAGAGGGGGUGGUUCUAUUCGGCAAUGGAGAUGUGUACGAAGGGGAGUUAUCCAGGGGACGGUGCCACGGGAGCGGGGUAUAUUACUUCUACGCGAAGGGGAGGUACGAGGGAGAUUGGAUCGACGGGAAGUACGAGGGGCACGGGAUCGAGAGCUGGGCGCGUGGGAGCCAGUACCUGGGGCAGUACCGGCAGGGGAUGCGACACGGCUUCGGGACGUACCGGUUCUACGAGGGAGACAGCUAUUCCGGAGAGUGGGUUGGCGGCCAGAGCCACGGAUGCGGCGUGCAAAGCUGCUCCGACGAUAGUUUCUACGCGGGCGAGUUCAAGGGCGGCGUCAAGCACGGCCUCGGCCGAUAUCGGUUCAGGAAUGGUGAUGAGUACGGCGGCGAAUACUUUGGCGACAAAAUCCACGGAUUUGGGGUUUACAAAUUUGCCAAUGGCCACCGCUACGAGGGCUCAUGGCAUGAGGGCAGGAGGCAGGGCUUCGGAACAUACACAUUUUGGAACGGCGAAGCAAGAGCUGGUGAGUGGGACAAUGGCACUUUAAGGAACAGGCUCCAAGCUUCAGAUCCUGCAAUCAAACGUGCUGUUGAGGCCGCGAGGAAGUUUGCAGAAGAUGCAGCUAAAAUUCCUCAGAUGGAGGAGCAAGUCAGAAAGGCCGUCUCAGCCGCAAACAAAGCUGCCAUAGUUGCUCGAGUCAUCGCCAUGAGGGCCGUUCAAAACCAGAAAGAGGGCAAAUUCUGCGACAUUAAUGUGUGAGUUUACACAUCCAACUUAGUGCAUUUUGUCACAACAUGAUAAACGCCUCUGGGAGUCAUUGGUGGCGAUCAGUUGUAAACACAUACAACCGUCCGACGUCAGUGGAAAGAACGUUAGAUAGAAAUCUAAAA